AUGUUCUCCAUUCGCAGUCUUAUCCUCUCCUUGUUCCUGUUGGCACGCCACUCCGGUUUCUGGUCGGUUCUCGCCUCCGUACUCGUCUGCCCCGGCUUCAUCGCCACUCGUCUCGCGGGUCUUCGCUGCUACCUCCUCCACUUCCUGGGAUGGACUCUCGUCGCGCUGAGGUGGGACUUCAACCUCAUAAACUGCCGGUUUGACUCCAACGGAUACCAAGUUUGUUGUCCCUGCGAUGAGCGUCCUCGUCGAUUCAUGUAUCGCUCCACGUCGAUACAUUCUUGGCGCAACUCGUCCACCUUCACGGUCUCGGAGAGGCUUCUGGAAACGAGAAGCUAGCCGCACCAUGUGGUGGAUGUAAUCAUCUACGCCUUUGCU